AUGGAAACACCGACGGCAGAUGAUAUCAUUAGAUUAGUAAGAAAUUAUUAGAAAGACUUGAGGAUUACUGUAGUUUUGAUUUUCAGAAUGAUUAUAAAAUUCCAGAAAUGAAAACUUUUAGUGUUUCAAAAUUGAGAGUUCAUUUGAGAGUUGCUUUGAAAGCAUUGGUUGUUGCAAUUUGUUUGUUAUCUACGAAUAUGCUUUUGGUGAUGGCUGGAAAAACUAUAAAUAAUAUUUACAGUAAGAAAAAAGGGUUCGGGAACCGGGAUUUGGUGGAAUUGGAAUGUUUGAAACCAACCAGGUUUUGAAAACAUAACUGAAAUGUUGAAGUUUUCUCGUCGCAUGGUUCUGAAUAAAACAAAAAAAAUACAAUUUUUCAGAAUUUUACGAAGUCGACGAGCUGAGAAUGAAUGAAUAUUAUGAAAUUCGAACAAUGUUGCAUAAUUCCGUUUGCCUUGUUUGGAUUUUUGCAAUUUAUACAAUAACCAAUGAAACCUUCGAAAUUCUUGGUCUCAAUGAGCAAAUUCGAAUUUUUGAGGCAAUUCGACAUCGAACAAGAAUGGAAUUAAUUGUAGCUCUCACCAGACAAAAGUUCUACAAUGAUAUGAACGCUGUAACUCGUUUUUUUUCUCAUUUCAAAAUAUAUAAUUAAAAUUAAUUAAUUUCAGUUCGCUUUCAUUCUCCGAAAUCAAUCAAAUCAUUUAAUUGAUGCAGUUGAAGAUGAGAUGGAUGCUAGUGAAAUGCGACUUCAUCGAGUUCACGGACUCAAUCGAGAUUUCGAAUUCACAUAA